AACAUUUGAAGCAUGUCAUAAUUUUCAUGAUACAAGUGUCUGAUAAUGAAUCAUCUAAUAUACCUAAAACAGAUAUUCAUUAUUUUUCUGAAUAUUUAGCUAAUGAUUUAUUAGAUGAUAAUAAAGCAGAACAACAUAUAAAAGAAACUAAUUGA